CUGGCACCGGAAACCCAUUUGAAGGGACUCCUGAGGUUCGACAGCGCACUGCAGAUCAACGGCAGGUUCGACGGAGAGAUCCGCUCGGCAGGCCGGCUCAUGAUCGGUGAGGGCGCGUUGGUGUGUGCCACGAUCGAGGUCGGAUCCGCGGUGAUAGGCGGCACCGUGCGCGGCGAUAUCAAGGCGAUCGACAGCGUCGAGAUGCUGGCCACCGCGCGCGUGUUCGGCGACAUGGGCACGGCCCGGCUGAUCGUGGCAGAUGGCGCCGUCUUCGAAGGCGAGCUGGAGAUGAGCGGCUCUCCGCAGGAGCGGGACGGGUCGGCGGCACCCGUGGAGCGGUGA